AUGAACCAACUCGCUCUGCUGCUCGAUCGCCCAUUCUUCCCCUGGAAGAAGGUGAUCGUGGGCUUUUCGGUCGGACAGUACAUUAUCGAAGGAUUCCUAUCGUUACGGCAGUAUAAGAUCCUGCAGCAAAAGAAGCCGCCAAAGGUGUUAGCGGAGGAGGUUUCGCAAUCUGUCUUUGAUAAGAGUCAGGCAUAUGGACGGGCAAAGGCCAAAUUUGGCUUUGUGUCAGGCCUGUAUAGCCAAAUCCAGAACCUUGCAUUCAUCUACUACGAUGCCCUGCCAAAAUUGUGGGCUUUAACUGGCCUUUUCCUCUCUCGCUACAUGCCCAAGCGUUUUACCGGAGAAAUCUCUCAUACCUUGGCUUUCGUUUUUACCUUCAAUGUGAUCUCCACUGUCCUCUCCCUACCAACUUCAUAUUACAGCACCUUCGUCGUCGAGGAAAAAUUCGGCUUCAACAAGCAGACGCUCAAACUAUGGGUUACGGAUAUGCUCAAGGGUCAAUUGUUGGGCAUCGUUCUUGGCACACCGAUCAUCAGCGCAAUUUUGAAAAUCGUCCAGAAGACCGGCACCAGCUUCUUCUACUACCUAUGGGUCUUUGGCAUCUUUGUCCAACUAUUCGCUAUCACUAUCUACCCAAUUGCCAUUCUGCCGUUGUUUAACAAACUGACACCCCUGGAACCCGGAAAGCUGAAGACUGGUGUAGAGGACCUGGCCAGAAAACUCAAUUUCCCGCUCAAGGAGCUGCAUGUCAUUGACGGUAGUAAGAGGAGCGCUCACAGCAAUGCGUAUUUCUAUGGGCUCCCGUGGAAAAAGCAUAUUGUCAUUUAUGACACUUUGAUUGAGAAGAGUGAGCCUGAGGAAGUUGUUGCGGUUCUGGGACAUGAGUUGGGCCACUGGAGUCUUAACCAUACUACUAAGCUUUUUGGAAUUGCACAGUUCCAUAUGUUCUACAUCUUUGCACUUUUCUCUGCCUUUGUGAACAACAAAUCAUUAUACCAGGACUUUGGAUUCAUCAACGAGAUGCCCAUCAUGAUCGGUUUUAUUCUAUUCUCUGACGCCCUCGCCCCAAUGGACGCCGUGGUUAAACUCCUAAUGAACAUCCUAAGCAGAAAAUUUGAAUUUGAAGCCGAUGCGUUUGCUGUAAAUCUCGGAUACUCCACCGAGCUCGCCAAGUCGCUGCUCAAACUCCAGAUUCAAAACCUUUCCACCAUGGAUGCAGACUGGAUGUAUGCCAGCUACCACUACUCCCAUCCAAUUCUUCCGGAAAGACUUGCCGCGCUCGGCUGGAGUGGGGGAAAAGUGACUGAGGGCAAAUCGGAAGACAGUGAAAAGCCUGUUAAAGCUGCGGAUCGGGAGCUGUGA